UCAGGGGCAGGGCGCUGGCUCAUGUGCUCUUGUACAGCACGGGUUCCCCGGUCUGUGGCAAUCAUGAAUCGGGAAGAGCAUUAUUACCCACCUAACCAUCUGUACAAGGAAUCGUGUGCCUUUCAGAGACACCACAACGAAGAAUACAGCCAAAACCCUCCACCGUGUCUGUAUAUGAGUAGACCGACGCAACCUGUCUACGCCUCGCCGUCCUUGGGCGUACAGGACCAACCAAAUCUUACCGACAUAACCUCUUAUAGCAUGUCGACACGGGAUGAUCUGGCAGUACCUCAUCUACACCUGCCCCAGACUCCACAGGCACCUCUACAGAUGGUCGGGGGUUAUGGAGAGUCUCUUGACCUGUGCGGAGAUCGGAACAGAUACCAACUCCCCUUUCCGUGGAUGAAGUCAACUAAAUCUCAUACGCACGCUUGGAAAGGACAGUGGGCAGGCCAUUACAUGGUCGAGGCGGAGGAGAACAAGCGCACGCGGACGGCUUACACCAGAGCGCAGCUACUAGAGCUCGAGAAAGAAUUUCUCUUCAACAAGUACAUCUCGCGCCCACGCCGCGUAGAGCUUGCGCUCACCCUCAGCCUCACCGAGAGACACAUAAAGAUCUGGUUCCAAAACCGACGCAUGAAGUGGAAAAAGGAGGAGGACAAGAGGAGAGCAAGAGGAGUGGAUCCCGAACAAGAUUCCUCCAUCACGUCUGGGGAUUUGAAGGAUGAGUCGUGUGCGACCCCAGGAACUCUACCAGGACCCCCCUCACCGAUGCACUCUCAUGUACUCCCAGCUUCACGAGACUCUGCGUAAAACACGCACUGACUUUAAGAGACUAUGGCUUCAGCACAAUCUUUUGGCUCCUGACAACUUCUUCAAUGUGCACAUCAUGGCGCACUGUCAACAACAUUUCUCUAGAAAGAUACCAUUUAGAUUGCUAUCAGGGAAAAUCUCCUUUUUAAUGUUUCCGUGCUGUUUUUGAGUCAUCUAAGCACUUCGUUUUCAAUACACUAAACAACU